GGCGUUUGGACAAGUUUUACUACUUAGCCAAAGAACAAAGAUAUCGUGCCCGUUCUGCAUUUAAGCUUAUUCAAUUAAAUAAAAAAUAUAAUUUUUUAGAAAAGUCACGAUGUUUGAUAUAUUUAUGUGCUGCACCUGGAGGCUGGUUACAAGUUGCGAAAAAAUAUAUGCCUAUAUCAAGUUUAAUUAUUGGUGUUGAUCUUGUACCUAUUAAACCAAUUUCAAAUAUUAUAACUUUACAAGAAGAUAUUACUACUGAUAAAUGUCGUUCCGCAAUUCGAAAUGAAUUAAAAACUUGGAAAGCUUUCUUACUCAAACC